AUGGCGGACAACGAGCAGCGCUACGUGUCGUUACGACCGGCGGGAACCAGCGAGAAACGGUGCAUCAUGCGCCAUGCCUUGGGCUAUUAUCGAGGCCUCGUUGUAGCUGGCCGCUACACCGCUCCGGAAGGCUUCCCCCUCGGCGCCAAGGAAUCGUUCUAUCCCGCCCUGAAGCACUGCAUCUCGACGCAUCCAAUGCUCAGCGCCGCCAUCAAAGGCGAGCUCACCGAGGCCCCCGAGUUGAUCAGGCCCGAAACCAUCAAUCUCCGAAAUCACGUUGAAAUCACCCAGCCCGUCACCAUCCCGGCACCAGCCGACGACGAAAACGACACCCACGCCGAGCUCGAAGCCAUCAAGCCCCUCCUCUGCCACGCCCACGACCAGCAAUUCCCCGACGUCUCGCGCAUCCCGCCGUGGAAGAUCGUCGUCAUCCCCAUCACCACCACCACCAACAACACCACCGCCAACUCCGCCCCCACCCACGGACCAACACCGCCCACCUUUUGGCUCCUCUUUUCAUACUCACACUCCCACGGCGACGGGCCCUCGGGCCUCUCCUUCCACCGCACCUUCCUCUCCGCCCUCCGCCACCCGUCCACCACCGCCGCGCCCUCCACCGCCACCACCUCGCUCAGCCCCGCCGACCCGACCUACCGCACGCAACCCACGCCCGCCCUCCUCCCCCCAAUCGAACAAACCACCACCCUCCCCGUCACGUGGCCCUUCCUCCUCCUCCCCGUCGCGUCGUCGUACCUCCCCUCGGCGCUCCGCCAGUCCUCGCUCUUCACCUCCAAGCACCUCUUCUUCCGCGCCUCCGUCACCCCGCACCGGCCCGACGCCUGGACCGCGCUGCCGACGUCGUACCCCGACCCCUCCGACCCGACCCGACUCGCCACGGGCGUCGCCGUCGCCGUCGCCGCCCCCGCCACCGUCCGCGGCAUGCUGAAGCGGUGCCGGCGCCACGGCGGCGUCAAGCUGACGGGCGCGCUGCACGGCGUCAUCGUGCGCGCAUUGAGCGCCGCGCUGCCCCCGAACGCCAACGCUUCCUCCCCCUCCUCGUCCUCGUUCGUCGCGCAGACGUCCAUCGACCUCCGCCGGCUGAUGCCGCGCUUCGGCGCGGAGCUGGCGGGCGAGCGCAACUGGGACGGCGCGGUGGGGCUGUGCGUCAGCGCCGCGUACCACGUCUUCGCAAGGGACGAGGGAGAUGUGGAAGCGGUGGGGGGAGAUGGCGGCGAGGACGUGUUUUGGCACCGCGCGAGGGAGACGACGAGGUGUUUGGCGGAGAGGGCGAGCACGCUGGUCGAUCAGCCGAUCGGGCUGUUGAGGUACUUGAAGGGGUUUAGGGCGUGGUUGGAGGGGCAGGUGGGGCGGGAGAGGGAGGGGAGCUAUGAGGUUAGCAAUUUGAUGGCGUUUGAGCCGGAUGGGCAGGGGGAGGAAGGCGGGGAAGGGGAGAAAAGGGGUGGCGGGUGGGAGGUCGGGCGCAUGCUGUUUUCGCAGCCGGCGAACGUGACGGGGCCGGCGGUGAAUUUUAAUAUCGUGACGAGGAAGGGUGGGGAUAUGGUGAUUACGCUGACGUGGCAGAAGGGCGUGUUGGGCGUCGAGGGAGAUGAGGACGUGUGGGCGAAGGGCGUGUGUGAGGGGUUGGAGAGGGGGAUGAGGGCCCUUGCGGGGGUGCAGUAG